GGCAACAGAGGCUGCGGCGCGCACGCAGGCCGGCGGCGGAAGAGAGCGUGGACCCUCGGUUUUGCGGCCACCAUGGCCACCGUGGACCUGGAGAAGCUGCGGAUGUCAGGGGCCGGCAAGGCCAUCGGCGUGCUGACCAGCGGCGGCGACGCGCAAGGUGGGCGCCGGGGCGCGCCCGCCACCCCUGGGCCGGGGCCCUGUCCCCGCGCGGGGCGCCUUCCCUCCCCGGGCCCUGGACCUCGCCGCAUGCGCUCGGUGGCCGCGUACGUGCAGCGGGACAUGCAUCUCCGUGCCUCGCUGCGCCCUCGCCCCUCGGGCUCCUUCCCCGGGUGUCACGUGGCGGGCGCGAGCUGCGGAGCCCCACUUCUCAGAAGCCGCGCCGAGCGUACUCAGAUCACGUGCCGCUGCCGAGAACCCGGCCUUUCCUGGUUCUGGGACGGGGCCGGCACAGACCUUCCCCACCACUGGCCCACCGCCUUCGCCCUACCCUGUCUCCUGGGCGGAGUCUGUGGGGGGAACAGGGGACGGGCGAGGGGAGGCCCCGACCUUCCCUUGUUCCUGCGGCUGGGCCUGGCCGAGCUGGGUGGGGAGAACCGGGGUCUGAGCCUGCUCCGGUGGCCCGACCGCCGGUCUCCAGUGCCCGUGGCCUGGGAUGGCCAGGGUGGCACCUUUAUUGCUGGCCUGCAGCCGGGCUGCCCUCUCUUUCUGGAUGAGCCCUGGGACGCUGGCUGUUGGGCAGCCGCGGCCGCCUGCACGUCCACAGCAGCACUGAGCCGUGGCAGCUCCCUGAGCAUGGCACAGUGGGCUGGGCAGCGGCUGGGCGAGGAGGGGGGCUUGGAGGUGGUCUCUGUGUGUGAUGUGCUUAGCUUGUGGGGACUCAUCCAGUGGGACCCCUCCGACCUGAGCACUUUGGCGAAGGGCUAUGAAGGCCUUGUGGAAGGAGGUGAGAACAUCAACCAAGCCAACUGGCUCAGUGUCUCCAACAUCAUCCAGCUGGGUGGCACCGUCAUCGGCAGUGCGCGCUGUGCAGCCUUUACCACGAGGGAGGGGCGCCUGGCCGCGGCCUACAACCUGGUCCAGCGCGGCAUCGCCAACCUGUGCGUCAUCGGCGGGGACGGCAGCCUGACAGGUGCCAACAUCUUCCGCAGCGAGUGGGGCAGCCUGCUGGCCGAACUGGUGAAGGAAGGUAAGAUCUCCGAGAGCACGGCGCAGACCUACUCGCACCUGAACAUUGCUGGGCUGGUGGGCUCCAUCGACAAUGACUUCUGCGGCACGGACAUGACCAUCGGCACUGACUCGGCCCUGCACCGCAUCAUGGAGGUCAUCGAUGCCAUCACUACCACUGCCCAGAGCCACCAGAGGACCUUCGUGCUGGAGGUGAUGGGGCGUCACUGCGGGUACCUGGCCCUGGUGUCUGCGCUGGCCUCCGGAGCCGACUGGCUGUUCAUCCCCGAGGCGCCCCCUGAGGAUGGCUGGGAGAACUUCAUGUGCGAGCGGCUCGGCGAGACGCGGAGCCGCGGGUCCCGACUGAACAUCAUCAUCAUUGCCGAGGGUGCUGUUGACCGCAACGGGAAGCCCAUCACGUCGAGCUACGUGAAGGACCUGGUGGUCCAGCGGCUGGGCUACGACACUCGUGUGACGGUGCUGGGCCACGUGCAGAGAGGAGGGACCCCCUCGGCGUUUGACCGGGUCCUGAGCAGCAAAAUGGGCAUGGAGGCGGUGAUGGCGCUGCUGGAAGCCACGCCCGACACCCCGGCAUGUGUGGUCAGCCUCUCCGGGAACCAGUCGGUGCGGCUGCCCCUCAUGGAGUGCGUGCAGAUGACGAAGUUGGUGCAGAAGGCCAUGGACGAGAAGCGCUUCGAUGAGGCCAUCCAGCUCCGGGGCAGGAGCUUCGAGAACAACUGGAAGAUUUACAAGCUCCUCUCGCACCAGAAGAUCUCCAAAGAGAAGACCAAUUUUUGCCUGGCCAUCCUGAAUGUGGGCGCCCCAGCGGCUGGCAUGAAUGCGGCUGUGCGCUCGGCCGUGCGCUCUGGCAUCAGCCAGGGCCACACAGUCUACGUCGUGCAUGACGGCUUUGAGGGCCUGGCCAAGGGACAGGUGCAGGAAGUGGGUUGGCACCACGUGGCUGGCUGGCUGGGGCGUGGCGGUUCGAUGUUGGGGACCAAGAGAACCCUUCCCAAGAGCUACAUGGAGAAAAUCGUAGAGAACAUCCGCACGUACAACAUCCAAGCCCUGCUGGUCGUCGGCGGGUUCGAGGCUUACGAGGGAGUGCUGCAGCUGGUGGAGGCACGCGGGCACUACGAGGAACUCUGCAUUGUCAUGUGCGUCAUUCCGGCCACCAUCAGCAACAACGUGCCCGGCACCGACUUCAGCCUGGGCUCCGACACCGCCGUCAACGCUGCCAUGGAGAGCUGUGACCGCAUCAAGCAGUCAGCUUCAGGGACCAAGCGCCGUGUGUUCAUUGUGGAGACCAUGGGGGGCUACUGCGGCUACCUGGCCACUGUCACUGGCAUCGCCGUGGGCGCUGACGCUGCCUAUGUCUUCGAAGACCCAUUCAACAUCCAUGACCUAAAGGUAAAUGUGGAACACAUGACAGAGAAGAUGAAAACAGAAAUCCAGAGGGGCCUGGUGUUGCGAAACGAGAAGUGCCAUGAGCACUAUACCACGGAUUUUCUGUAUAACCUGUACUCGUCAGAAGGGAAGGGCGUUUUCGACUGCAGGACCAAUGUCCUGGGCCACCUGCAGCAGGGCGGCGCUCCAACCCCCUUUGACCGGAACUAUGGCACCAAGCUGGGGGUGAAGGCCUUGUUGUGGAUGUCGGAGAAGCUGCGGGCUGUCUACCGAAACGGGCGGGUGUUCGCCAACACCACCGACUCUGCCUGUGUGAUCGGCCUGAAGAAGAAGGCAGUGGCCUUCAGCCCUGUCACCGAGCUCAAGAAAGACACAGACUUCGAGCACCGCAUGCCGCGCGAGCAGUGGUGGCUGAACCUGCGGCUCAUGCUGAAGAUGCUGGCCCACUACCGCAUCAGCAUGGCCGACUACGUGUCGGGGGAGCUGGAGCACGUCACCCGGCGCACGCUGAGCAUCGACAAGGGCUUCUGAGCCACGUCCGGAGCUCCUCCCCGGCUUCGUCCGUCCCACCCAGGCCGAUGCAGCUCCAGGCGUUGAGACAGAGGAGCCCGGGAGCCUGUGGGCAAGAGGGCGGGUGGUGGCAGCUGUCUCUGCCCCUGCUGCAGCCAGGCCUCCCGGGCAGGUCAGUCAGACCAGCCCAUGGGCCCUUCUCCCUGCUGCCCCUCCUGCCCCCAGAGUGCCUGCGGGGCCCGCCUUCUAGCCCGGGGUGUGCCCACCAAGCCCAGUGCACCCGCCAGCCUCUGAGAGGGGCUGCUGCUCGUGGACCUCACUGUGACCCUGCUGUGGCCAAGCUGGCUACUGUAGCUGACCAGUCCUUGGCACCGUUUCUAUAAAUAGUCAUCCUG